CAGAGGUCUUGGGUUAAGCAUGGUGUCAGUGGAGGUCUCUGUGGCUUUCAUGCUGUGCAGUGUGCUGAUGAAAGCCAGGGCUCUGAUUGAUUCUGAUGACGUCAUCACCAGAGACGAACAGAUCUUUCUUCUGAUUGGUGCACGGGCAAGGUGUGAGAAAAGCGUCCACGCUCAGCAAGAUCAGCCAAUCGGAGAGGAUUACUGUGUUCCUGAGUGGGACGGGAUCAUUUGCUGGCCCGAAGGAAAACCCAGUCAGCUUGUUGCAGUUCUGUGUCCCGAGUACAUCUACGACUUUAACCACAGAGGACAUGCGUAUCGCCGUUGCGAUGCAUCAGGCAAAUGGGAACAGGUGCCCACUCUAAACCAGACGUGGGCCAACUAUACCGAAUGUACUACUUACCUUCACACCAACCACAGCGAUCAGGAGGUGGUCUUUGAGCGUCUUUACCUGAUGUACACUAUCGGAUAUUCCAUAUCACUGACAGCGUUACUGGUGGCUGUCUUUAUUCUCUGCUAUUUCAAGCGUCUCCACUGCACCCGUAACUACAUCCACAUCCACCUCUUCACCUCAUUCAUAUGCCGAGCAGUCAGUAUAUUUGUGAAAGAUGCUGUUUUGUAUACCAUAACAGACGAUGCCAAACUGGAAGAUGGGGCGGUAGGACAACGGCCCUAUAUGGUGGGCUGCAAGGUUGCCGUGACUUUCUUCCUGUAUCUCUUGGCAACCAAUCAUUAUUGGAUCCUGGUGGAGGGCCUGUACCUGCACAGCUUAAUCUUCAUGGCUUUCCUGUCCGAUAAGAACUGUCUGUGGGCUUUAACAAUCAUCGGCUGGGGGAUACCUGCUGUGUUUGUAUCCAUAUGGGUCAGUGCCCGGGCGUCUCUGGCAGACACACAGUGCUGGGACAUUAGUGCAGGCAACCUGAAGUGGAUUUAUCAAGUACCAAUCCUGGCAGCUAUUAUAGUAAACUUCUUCCUCUUCCUCAAUAUCAUCAGGGUUUUGGCCUCUAAAUUGUGGGAAACAAACACAGGAAAACUGGACCCUCGACAGCAAUACAGGAAGCUCCUGAAGUCAACCCUGGUGCUGAUGCCACUGUUUGGAGUUCAUUACAUGUUGUUUAUGGCUCUUCCAUACACUGACGUCACAGGUCUUCUGUGGAAGAUUCAGAUGCAUUACGAGAUGCUGUUCAACUCUUCACAGGGUUUCUUCGUAGCCUUUAUUUACUGCUUCUGCAAUGGAGAGGUGCAGGCUGAGGUUAAGAAGGCGUGGCUGAGGCGCAGUCUCACAUCCGAUCUGAAGCAGAAGGCUCGUGUCACCAGCAGCGCGGGGGGUGGGAGCGGCUACUAUGGAGGCAUGAUGUCACACACCACAACACAAAGUGUUUGCCUUAGUGUCAGCGGUACUAAAAGUCUGCCCCAGGGGACCAUGGGGUGUAAAGGACAAUCCCGUCCGCACACUUCAGGAAACUUACCCGGCUAUGUGCUCAGUGACACUCAGCAGAACGAGCUGCUCCUGAGGCAGGAGGAUAGAAAUGUGACGUGCGGUCAGACAUACAGGAACGUAAGGGAAACUGACAAUGAUCUUGAGCCAUCUUUUGUAGCAGAUGAGGAAUUUUCUGGGUCUUUAUCUUGGAAAGAGGUGGAAACCAUGCUUUGA